AUGGAAUCGGAUUUAUCUAAGAUAUCGGCCAUCACUCGGAAUCUGUCAGAAAGUAAUUCAUUUCUAGUGUCGGAUGUCUUCAAAUCAAUUCACGACAUAAGAAAGUCCACUGAUUUGAAAGCAGAGCUCAACAAAACAUAUUUCUGUGCUCUAAAGCUCGACGACAACAACAGUGGUGUCAACACAACUAAAUUGAAUUCAUUAUCAGAUUUUGUCAAAAAUAGCGAAAUUAAUCCCAAUGUUGGCCAUCAUAUGAGUGUUAAAAAUGCGGUCAAACAUGUGUUGUGUUCGCAAACCGAAGACAAAUGCAUUCAAACAGAUGUCACAGAAUUUGCAAAAAUUAAAGUUUUGGGCGAAAACAAGGAAACGGCCGACGAUUUCAUAGAAUAUUCCGAUCAUUUCAUACAAGAAUUGGAGUUUAAAAACUCGUCCAUAGAUUCAAACAAUUCUCGGCUCUCGAAAAAUGUUGCCAAAGAGUUGGCAAAUGAAAUGCAACUAUUCUGUCGUUUAAAUGAAUCGAUAGAGAGUGAGGACGAGAAGGCGGAUAGAGAUGAUUGCGAUGAAUACAAACCGUUUCUGCAGACAAACAACACAUACAAUGAGCGCAAAGAUCAGACAACACCUAAUGAUGUGUCGCGUGUUGUGAAACCGUAUCCAAUGGGAAGAGUAGUUGAGUCUCCGGAUUGGGAUUUAGAGCCCCGAAGACCGGUCCCUCAACGACUAAUAUUGGACUCCAAUAUCAUUAUAUAUGAACCGCAAAAGUGUGCCAAUUAUGAAGUGGCCGACGAAGCCUUUCACAUACAGUACAAUCGCAACUGUGGUCCCACUCCUCCGCCAACGAUGUACUCACUUAUGAUGAAUGAAAUGCACAAUAAAAGUGUUGGCAAUAAAAAAAUCAAAGACGAUAUUUAUAUUCCCGUCGGUUGUGGUAAAGCAAACAUUAAGAAAGAGAUGAUUGAUUUGACUUCUGGUAGCGAUCACUGGGAAUACAUACAAAGAGUGGAAGCCUUUACUCUAACCUCUUUUGGGCUUAUAUUUGGCACUAAUGCUAACGAAUUAGACGUAAACCAAAAGCAACUAUCAUUACUGUUCGCAAAAUCUCAGAUUUCUUAUAUUUUGUUGCAAAACAAACGUCUCAUUCAUGCCUUCACUGACGAUGAGAAUAUUGGUCGUAAAGGACAGGGAGUUGUGGUCAGUAAUCUCGUUCACAGUUUGGGUUUGCGAACCCCUUUCUUCCAUGGCGUCAAGUUCUUCAACAAAUCAAUCUCUUCCUCGUCUUCCACUUGA